AUGUGCCGAUGGAAUGUUAAUUUCUACUUGUUCAUUUCCAUAUCGAAUGAGCAGGACCUACCCGACGUCAAAACCUUACUAGAUGUUUGCACCAACUUUCUAAUCAUUAACGAUAACGAUGAGGUCAGGCUUGUUCAUUAUACAGUUCAGGAAUACCUUCUGGAAAAUUCUAUAGUUCCUGCACGCCAGGAUUUGGCUUUAGAACUCACCAUACUGUGCACAGUGUAUCUUUCUUUGGAUGUGUUCAGAAAUGAACCUGACUCUUUGACCAUCUACGGGUCCCCAGAAGAACAACUCAUGCAUUAUAUGAGAAAGUAUUUUUAUCGUCAUCUCACAGCCUGUAAAGACGACAAGAGAUUAUUAAUGGAGCCGCUGCUCAGACUCUUAGGCUCAGGCUGUGAAGGGGCCGCUAAUCUUAUUUCUUAUCGAACCCCCUCACUAUUUAUCGCAGUCAAGUUAGGGAAAGCAGAAGUAGUUCGAGGUUUACUAAAAACGCCCAAAUACGCGUCCCUAAUAAAUGGAAGACAUAAGGGAACCCCUCUUCUCACAUAUGCAAUUGACUACAAUGAUAUGUCAAUUAUCCAGCUUCUACUCGAAAAUGGGGCCGAUACCUCAGCUAGGAGUCAAUUGGAAGGUACCGCACUACAUAGUGCUGUCUCUAGAGGAUCCGUGGAAAUUGUCCAGCUUCUACUCGAUAACGGGGCCGAUAUCUCAGCUAGUGAUGAAGAAGGAAAUACCACACUACAUCUUGCUGUCCUUAACGAAUCCGUGGAAGUUUCCCAGCUUCUACUCGAUAACGGGGCCGAUAUCUCAGCUAUUAAUGGAUGGGGAAGUACCGCACUACAUCUUGCUGUCCUUAAUCAAUCCAUGGAAGUUUCCCUACUUCUACUCAAUAACGGGGCCAAUAUCUCAGCUGGCAACGAAGAAGGAGAUACCGCACUACAUCUUGCUGUCCUUAACGGAUCCGCGGAAAUUACCCAGCUCCUACUCGAUAACGGGGCCGAUAUCUCAGUUGUUAAUAAACGGGGAGAUACCGUACUACACCUCGCAGUCGAUAUGGAAGACGUAGAGAAGAUUCGACUUUUGCUCGAGAACGGGGCGGAUGUCUCAACCCGGAAUAAAGCAGGAACGUUAGAAAUCAUCCAGCUUCUGCUCGAAAAAGUUACUGGUAUCACAGCUCAGAACGAUGAAAAGACCACAAUACACCUCGCAAUCCUUGAAAAGAUUGGGGAAAUCGCUCAAACCCCCUGUAGUCAUGAGGGUGUGCCUGGGAUUUCUCGGGAAACCCGUGAGCCCUUUGGUUUCAAUACUUAUGGUCUCGAGGAUGUCUUGGGAAUAAGUGGAUCAUUUUAUCUCUAUGGCGGCGUAUAUUCGAUAUUAGACUAG